AUGCCUCCCGUUAAACGGCCCUACAGAUCCAGAAGAGUGCGGCCGUGCGACAGGUGUCGAAAGCGAAAAUCCGGUUGUGUUAUCGAUGGACAGCCGCCGUGCCAGCUGUGUGCUAAAUUCAACCUCCGAUGUGAGUUCACAGAUAAAGCACCGCCUGUGAAUCGGCACAAACAGACUAAAUGCCAUGAAAUUGAAAUAGACCCUAUUGCGGAGCUGGACAAUAAUGAUUCAAUGGCCAACCUAACAUAUACAGAUGAUGUUGAUGUGCUGGAAACAACUUUGGAUCCUAAAACUCUUGACCGGAGAAACAGUGUUCACGCAGAUCAAUUAAUUCCUGAUGCAGAUAUUUGGAAUGAGCUUUUUGGCCUGAUCGUAGGUUCAAGUCAGUACAGCAACGUUGCUAUAACCUCUCCCGUAACCGCGCGAGAUGACGAAGAACAUUCCUCCAUUGAUGCUUUCAAAAAGUACCAAAACGUGUAUCUCUAUAAAUCUGGCUACAUCGAUCCCGUUGUCCAGCAUCUGUCCAAAAAUUUGGAAAGUGCCGAACCAAAAGAGUGCCAUAUACGAAAAGUGGCCCAGUCAGAAGCCGCAGAAUAUGUACUCUUUUCACGCAGACCAACAAACUACGAUGUGCCCAGUAUCAAUUCGCUUAUACAGCAGCUCUUCAGCCCGCACAUACCCAAACUUAUGGUGCUAUUUCUCAAACAUGUGAACUCUUACUUUCCCGUUUUUUCGCGUGGCCGCUUUAACACAUUUGCCAAGCAGGACCCAAAGGUCUUUCCUUCUGUGCUGUUUGGCAGUCUUCUUGCGGUUACCGUUGAUUGGUGGCACAGACAUCCUGAGUUGAGCUUGACGGAGUGUCCAACUGUGGAGUCUCUGGUUUCUGUUACCCGAGCUACAAUACUUGCUGAGACGUCAAAUCCCUGCUAUGGAACUCUUCAAUCCUGCUUGCUGCUGUCGCAGAAACUGACGCUUGAAAAUGUUGAGCUUGACGGAACUCAAGAACUAUCUCUGCUAAGUGUUGCAUUUACAAUCUGCCAAUCUAUGGGCAUUAAUGUUGAGUGUCGUCACUGGAACAUUCCUGACUGGGAGAAAAGAGUGCGUCGACGGCUGUGGUGGACGCUGUAUAUCCAGGAAAAAUGGUUUAGUGUAUCUCUCGGACGGGCAAGUCUUAUAUCCAAAGAAGCAUGGAACGUGGCGAUGGUUGACGGAUCUGAUUUUGCAUUCUACCCCGAUUCGUGGGGAUCACAAGAGCAGCAUGAAUACGAGGUACGCAUAUUCAGCCUGAUGGUGAGUGUUACCAUGGUGAUUGAUGACUUAGGAGGACUAAACAGUUCUCCGCUGAGUCCAGCUUAUGAAAGUGCAAGGCUGCUUAUACAGCGCAUUGACUCAUUGAGGAACGAAAACUCAGAUAUUUUUAAUUUGGACCAGAUCUUGUGCGGUGGCAGAAGUGCGGCAGCACUGGUCGUUGCAGCUGUAACGGCAAAAGUCCUAAUCUACAGCGCCCUUCUCCGUUUAAUCGAGACUCAGACAAUAGAGGACCAAGUUGCAAGGGCCAUGAUCGAGCAAGAGUGUCUGGCACUUACUGCAGAGGUUCUGGAGAUUCUUGGAAGACUAAGGCCGCACCAUUUCGAGUCUUUCUGGUAUUCUUGGUCAAGGUUCAAUUUUGCAACCAUCGCAAACUUUUUCCUCCUCGUAUCACGACUACGUCCCCCGAGUCAGUCUGAAGCUGUUGAGGCAAACAUGACCAAGCUCCGAUUCUUUUUCCAGAGCAGGUCCUUGGUGUUCCGGCAUCUGGGCCUUGCCAUGUGGAUAUUAAAUGUGCCUGAAUACUAA